GAGCUGCCAGGGAUGAGAUAAGAGGGCAGAACAUCAAUAUGGCAGCGUCCGUUCUCCCGCAGUCAACCAGUUGCCCGUUGCAUAUGCUUUCCACGCUGAGCAAAUCUUUUCCUCAGAUUCCCAGCCCAAGAAGGAGGCAUCGUGGAGGAAGAGACGGAAGCAGCUGGAACACAGCCAGCCUGAUUGGCAAUGACUGGAGCUCUUACAGUUUGUCUUCAUCUACCAGCCACAUGCUGCUCAGAUCCCCGGUGGGUUCUACUAGCGGCCUUCCCACCCCAGAUGACACCCCCCAGUCCCUUUUCUUGAGUAUGCGUACGUCUGACAGAGCGGUUCUGACGGUCAGCACCAAGACUACCCAGAUUUUAAUGGCAAAUGACAAAGCCGGCAGCCUCUUUGGUUACAGCAGUCCUGAGCUGAUCGGGAUGAGUCUGUCUGCAUUAAUCCCCACUUCCAGCCAUAGAAUUUGUGAAGAGCUGGAAGAGGAGCUGGCGGAGACGGACAGACUUUUGCAUACACCCGGUGAAGUGGUUGAAGCUGUGUGCCGCGGAGGAGAGAUAACAAUGUUGCGCAUGUGGAUCCGUAGAUUUAAAAAGCAGUGUCUGCUGUUUCUUGAGAAAGUCCAGAGAAUCGCAACAACGCUAUCCUUCCAACAGGAUGGAAGAAUUUUGUCUUGUGAUCCCACGUGUGCACGGCUGUAUGGAUACAUGGAUCCCGAAGAAGUUGUAGGACAUCAUGUAACAGAUUUAUUGCCUUCCAUUCAGAUUCCACUCCCCGGAAAAAAGAUGCCGCAGAGCAUGAGGCAGCAGAGAGUAGUGGGCAUGACAAGAGAUGGAGCCACUUUCCCACUUAGCUUGACUUUGGCAGAGGGUGGCUUAGAAGGCACACGCAGGGUAGAAGAAUACCAUGCCAGCCUCUGUGUCCUGUCUUCUAUCAGCGGCGUAAUCACACUGCAUUCAGAUGGAUCUAUCCGAGGAAUAAACGGUAGUUUUUCUACCACCCUGUUUGGAUACGACAGAGCGCAGCUUUUAAGCAAAAGCAUCACUUUCCUGAUUCCUGGAUUUUAUCACUACAUGCAGAGUAUAGGAAGGGAGCAUUCGCCACUAUUGACCCCUCCAAAAGAACCCUUACCCAGGGCCAGAUCACAUGACCUCACCUUAAGCGAUGCUACAAAGAAACCUUUCCAUAUAGAUGCGUUCCAGGAUCUGCUGGGUGCUGCGGAUGAUUUCCCGCACGCCGGUUACCAUCUUAUACUGACUCCGCCAACUCCAUCUACACGGACUCCUGUAAGCCUGCAGAAAACUGCUUCUUCAUACCCUGCAGACUAUCACACCUCGGCUGCGCAUGCAUGCUGCCUCUCCCUUGGGACCCCUACAGAAGAUGAGCCGUGGGAGGGUGGCUUUGGACCGGGGAAAUGCUCAAUGCAUGCCCUUCUACCUAGAACGGACACCGAGUCGGAUUUAACUCCGCUCACCCACUGCUUUAGAAGCAUGGCUUUAACCGGAUGUCGGGAGAAUGAGGAGGCGCCUCGUAUGAAUCAGUCUGUCCGUUCUCCCUCGGCUUCUCCUGCGGGAGACCAAUGCAACUCCUCUGCAGCUUCAACCUCUUCGCAGACUUCUGAUCUCAACAAAAUACACCUUCCUUCGUCCUUAAAUGACCUUCCUCCUGUCACAACUCAGGUCGAACCUUUGCCAAACCGUCCAGCAAUGAUGCCUGCAAACAAUGAUUUUACUGCAGACCCAACUGCCCCCGAUCCCAGCAAUGCUACAUCUGAUGAAGAAACUUCUGAAAGAUUAAAUGGUUCUUACACGCCCCAACCUAUUAGCUCGCCUCCAAACGCAGCAUCGGAUCCUUCGUCACAUGAACAGAGCGCUGUAUCCUGUUUAAUUGUACCUGGGACCACCGCCACAAAUCUCACAUUUGCUAAUAACAGACCUCUGAGCCCACGGUCCACUCACACUUGCCCAGGUACGGAGCUGGAGUUACACCUCAAUCCAAUUGGCGUGGAUGUGGAGGGCAGUGGCCCGUCUGGGGCCGAGGAAGAGGUAGAGAGGCCUCCAGAGCAAGUCUUUUCCUGUGUGACGUCUACUCCUAUAAAGAAUGGAGGUGACCUUUCUUCAGACUUGGAUUGUUCUGCAUCACGCCGCGCUCAUACUAUGGAGCUCCGAGUCCCCUCGAUGAAUGAUGAAGUCCGAGAAGGAAAGUACUCCGGCUGCUGCUAUCACAAGGACGGCUCCAGGCUGUCCGUUCAGUUCCAGGUGCAGCGCGUGUCCGUUGACGGCGUCCCCGUGUUCCACGUCUGGGUGUUUAAAGAUCUGCUGCAGAGCCAGAAAGAGGCCGUGGCCAGGACCCGUCUGCUGCUGUCCAGCCUGGCAGAUUCUUCUCACUCCCUCCUGGAACAGUCUGAACGCAGUUUGGGAGAGCUGAUUCGUAGCACUGCAGGUGAAGGAUACUGUACAGAGCUACAGGAUUUGUAUGCACAAGGUGCCUGCGAUGGCCAGUAUGCCUUGGAAUACCACACCGUCUCCCCUCUUGGCAAGGGAGCCUUUGGGUUUGUGUGGUCGGCGCGAUGCAGGGAUGAUGCUACAGAGGUGGUUGUGAAGUUUAUCCGCAAAGAUAGAGUUCUGGAUGACUGCUGGGUACAGGAUCCUGAAUUAGGGAGGGUCACUCGGGAAAUUGCUAUCUUGUCCAGGUUACAACAUCCUAAUAUUAUUGAGGUUCUGAACGUCUACGAGAAUACCAUGUUCUUUCAGCUAGUGAUGGAGCUCCACGGGGAUGCUCUGGACCUGUUUGACUUCAUAGAUAACCAGCCCAAUUUGGACGAACCGCUCGCUAGUUAUAUCUUUCGACAGUUGGUGUCAGCAGUGGGUUAUCUUCACAGUAAGAAUAUUCUGCACCGUGACAUUAAGGAUGAAAACAUUAUCAUUUCUCCAGACUUCACCAUUAAGUUGGUUGACUUUGGCUCGGCUGCUCAUCUUCAGCCAGGGAAACUGUUCUCUACGUUUUGCGGAACUACCGAAUACUGCGCGCCAGAGGUCCUGCUUGGAAAUCCGUACCCAGGCCCAGAGCUGGAGAUGUGGUCUCUCGGUGUGACUCUUUACACGUUGAUUUUUGGAGAGAAUCCUUUUUGUGAAGUUGAAGAGAUCCUAGAGGCAGAAUUGAAUCCUCCGUUUGUUGUCUCACAAGAACUGGAAUUUCUGAUUUCUGGUCUUCUUCAACGGGAUCCCGAAACACGCAUGAGUUUGGAUGAAUUACUUAGAGAUCCAUGGGUGACACAGCCUGUAAACUUAGCAGAGUAUACCUGGGAGGAAGUUUACCCACCAGCGGGCUCCCAGAAGGAUGAAGACCCAUCAGAGCAGCUUCCGGUGUGCUAUACCGGUGAAUGGGACGAGGAUGUGGAGAAUAAGGCAGAGUGACAUUUAAAGAACAAUCAGAUACGUUCGUGUACAUCCAUAACAGCAGGGGCUCUA